AUGGCAAAGUGGAAGCAAUUCCUCCCUUGCCCAGACGUUCAAUCAAAGGCGAUCAGUGCCCAUAAGCCUUGCCUGGAGAAACUGAGAAACGCAUGGCGGGAGGCACUUGUCCAAGUGAAAGCGAAGAAGAAGUCGGCUCAUGUAGGUGAGGAUGCACUUCAAGUUAUUGAGAAGACUCUCGAGGGAGCAACCUGUUGCUUUGGGAAUCACAUUUUUGCCUUCAAGCAGGCAUCUUUUACCUUGCUGCAGCUGCUCAGAUUGCUGCCAGAGCCUUCAGAGGAUUUCUCGAGGCUCAUUGUGCAGCUGUUGGUGCAGCUAGCGAAGCAGGACAGACAUGGUGUUCUCACCCACUUCGUGGGUGAUUGCGAAGCUGCCUUGGACGCUCUGCGCCACCGACCUCUGAAGAUCAACGGCUUCCAGCGCUUGAACCAGCUUUGCAAGGAACGCUUGGCGGCCGAGGCCAUUUUUUCGGAGAAAGCUGCAGGUCUUGCGUGGGACCUGGGCAGCGUUGAUCGCCUAUGUCGUGCAUCAGAGCGUUUGGUGAAGAUUUGUGGAUGCCUAGAGAUGGCCAUGGACGCUGCUUCUAUGGAGGCCUUGCAGAUGUCACUACUGCGCCUUGCUACUGCAGCAACAUCUUGGGAGGACUCCACGCAGCUGCUGACAGGUUCACUUGAAUCCUUGGCGAAAUUGCGUAGCAAGGACUCCUCGAUGUCCUCGCUGUCAAUUUGCCUCCAGCAUGAGUUUGCCGCUUCUGUGGUCUCGUUGUUGCGAGCAGGGUUGAAGUCGGAUUCGCCAGCCCUUCGAAACAGCGCCUCGCAGCUGGCAAUCGAUGCACUUCAGAUAGAGGAGACCUUGCUAUGGCCGCACCUGCCAGCCUUGGUCUCCACAGUUUUUGAGUGUGAGGCUCCACAACAUCUCUUGACCGCUGUUGCACGAUUGGGAAGCAAGCUGCAACCAGCGCUCGAGCAGUCAGAUGCACGUUGGCUGCAGCUGGUUGUGGACCCUUCUCGCUGCCGUCCACUUCUCCACCUUCUACCCUGUCUUGAUUUGACAUCGGCUCCGGUAAGCGUUCAACGGCUGAAGAAAAUCGUGCUUGGAGAAGUGACUGCAGCACGAGCAGCUUUGGCUGAUCAAAAGCCGAGCAUGGAGGUGGUACUGGAAGCCAUUAAACUCAAUGGAGGAUUGGAGAUGCAGGUUGAAGGAGAGAAGUUCAUCAUUCAUAUUCUGGAAGAAGUAAGAAGAGGAGGCAAAGGCACACUGCGAUCCUGGCACAGGCUGCUGCUUUGCUUGGAGGCCUUUACAGAGGUUAAGCACAUGGGCAAGCUUCGCAUCAGUUUUUGGCAGAAAUUGCUGGAAUCUGCAACAGGUCCUGGGCGCCUUGCAGUCUGGACAGCCCUUGCCCGAUGGCUGCAGAGGCUUCCAUCAGUGUGCCAGAAGGAACCAAUUUGUGGGAUGCAGAUAGUACUGCAGGAGUUGGGCAAAGAUGCGCAGCAUUGCUCUGAUACGUCUCUUCUGGUUUCUCUUUGCUACGUUUUGGUUCUGUGUUUUUCACCAUGUCUUCUUGACGGCAACGUUGGGGACAUCAAGAAAUUGCCCAACAUCGAGGCAUGA